UAAUAGUGUGUCAUUCCUCGUCAUCUCGUGUUCAGUGUUGAGGCCGGUGGUCGUCAUGGGUUUCGGAGAGUAUCCAGUUGAUUACAACCCCAAGGUCCAUGGGCCUUUUGAUCCAGCCAGGUUCUAUGGCAAACCUGACACUCCCUUCGGUCAGGUGAAAUUGGGAGAGGUGGGCAGUUGGUUAGGCCGUCGUAGCGUCAGUGGCCUGCCUGGUGCUAUGUCACGUGCCUUCUGGAGGUGGCAACACAAGUAUGUCCUACCAAAGAAAACUGGAUUUGCACCCUUUGGACAGCUGAUGGUUGGUUGCAUGAUCUUCUUCUAUGCUAUCAACUACGGAAAGACCGUUCACCACAGGAACCACAAGUACCACUGGUAAAUGUUGAGCUACUGCUUGUGAGCCUCCAGGUCCUGUCAGUAGAGGCACACUGUUACCACCACCGCUGGACACCCUGAAACUGAGGAUUGCGAGGUUGACGAUUCCAGAGGACCAAGUCAACGUCACCACAACAACCGGUGUUAUCUGAAUUUAGCUCAUUUCAGUCAAUUAUUUAAACUGGCCUUUCUGUGUGGCACCAACAUGGAAAUUGACCAUCUAUGGUUUUGUUAAUUUGGUGUGUAGAAUGAUAUGAAAGAUUGUAUAAAACUGUAUGUAUCAAUAAUAGUAACUUUUAUGUAUAAAAUAUUAAAAGUUAUAAAUAAUA